CGGAGUAGUCGAAGUUCUUGGUUCCCUGGAUGCACCAUGCACCCAUUUGAUUGCUGACGAAGCAGACAGAAGCAGACGAAGUACGAAGUCAUAAGUAAGGUUAGAUUAUUAAUGGUAACAUUUCCUGUGCACAUUGUGCACAAAAAGUAUCAACGUAAAUUUUAACAAAAAUUAUCAAAAUAAUUUACAAGAGAUGUUUGAUGCCAAAACUAAAAAACAUAAAGUCUCGAAAAGGACAAAAAAGUCAUGGAGAAAGUACAUCGAUUUCAAAGAUGUAGAUGCAUUUCUUGAAAACAGUAGAUUAGAAGAACGAUUAGGCAUCCCUUUCUCCAAGCGCACAGAUACUCAAUUGUUUAUCAUUGAUAAAACUGAUGUGACUGGAAAUGUAAUUUCUAAAUGUGCUGCCAGAUUAGCAUUGAAGAGUAAAGAACCAAGAUGUUUUGCUUCUUUGAAACCACAUACACAUGUUCCUGAUCCAAUUUCGAAACGAAACCUAGUAAGGACCAAAGAAGAACACACGAAUUCCAUGUUGUGUCAACCCAAAGUUGAAAGAAAAAUUAUGUGUAUUCUCAAAUUAAAAGAGAAGGAAGCAUUGAAGAAUAGGAUGCUCACAAAAGCUGUUUCAGCAAACCAUCCAAAAAAAGGAGAGAAUAAAGAUGAUAUAUGGAAUGGCACAAAUGUCUUACUGCCAGAAACAGUCACUGAAUGGAUGUCUUCAGACAGUAUUAGGCAUACGAUUAGCCAUUUAGGAAUGAAGAAAAGAAAAGUACCUUCAUUAUUGCGUAAAAAAUCAUCUGUUUUGCCUGCAGUGGAGAUGCCACAUCCAGGUACAUCUUAUAACCCAUCUUAUGACGAUCACCAGAAACUGUUGCACGAAGUUGCCCAGAAAGAAUUGGAGCUUAUGAAACAAGAAGAACAUUUGGACAGAGUCACAACUCAGAUGUUUAAAAAAAUUUCAUUAAACAAAAGAGAUGAGUAUAUGAUGAAAGAAAUGUCAGAGGGUUUGCCAAAGAAUCAAACAUCAAACUUUAAGUCUAUUGAGGAAGAUCAUGAUAAAGGAGAUUUGUCUAUUGUGAUAAAAAAUGAUAAAAGUGUAAAAAACACCAAAAAGACGCUUGUGCAAAGAAGAAAACAACGAGAACAAAAACAAGCAGCUAAUAAACGCGCAUUGAGCAAAUUGGAAAAGAAGAAAGUUUCUGACAUCUAUAAAUUGAAAAUUUUGCAAAAGCAGAUAGACGCCAAGGAGAAAAAGCAAGAACUCUUGCGACAGAAACGAAUGAAGAAACAUGAGAGGAAACUUUUUAUGCCAAAGAAUCUGAGUAAGACAAAGUUUGAACCCAUUGAUCUUGAUUUUCAGCUUGCGGAAGAAUUGACUGGCAAUUUGAGAAACUGUAAACCUUCUAAAAAUUUAUUGAAAGAACGGUAUAAAUCGCUUCAACAAAGAAACAUUGUUGCACCAACCGUCAUAAAAUUGAAACGGGACAAAGCAAAGAUGAAACAAUUUGUGAAGCCAGAUCAUAAAAUAAACUUGGAUGACAUCAAGGGAACUACAAUCUUACAAUAACAGAAUUUAAUCAGUCUAAUAUCUUUAUAUUUUCUUUAUACUUAAUAAGUAAGAUUCAUGUUACAGAUGAAAAUUAAAAUUUUCUGUAUAGUUGAUUAAAAUAGAAAUAUAAAAACUAAAAAUAUAAAAA